AUGAGUAAGGAAGAUUUUAAUAAACUUUGCGAUGAAUUAAGACCCUUUCUCACACCUGAAUCCAAUACACCUAACCACCGAGCUUUAUCAUUAGAAAAGAAAGUUGCUGUCGUUUUAUAUUUUCUAAAGGACACCGGUUCUAUCUGGAUGACAGCAAACUCUUUUGGGAUACACCAGUGUACUGUUUCUAAAGUGGUUAAAGAGGUGUGUGCAGCUAUAACUAUGCACCUGACACCGAAAUUAAUCAAACUACCUGAAACUUCUGAAGAGAUGUACAAAAAAGCAUCAGAGUUUGAAUUAAAAUAUGGAAUGGUGCAGGCAUUUGGCUGUAUUGAUGGAACACACAUUCCAAUUAAGACACCAGGAGAAUGCAGUCAAGAUUAUUUUAAUUAUAAGCAGUUUUUUUCACUUAAUGUCCAAGCUGUUUGUGACUUCAGAGGUAUGUUCAUGGAUGUUGAUUGCAGAUGGCCAGGGUCUUGCCAUGAUGCUAAAGUAUUUGCCAAUUCAAUGAUCAGCAAAAACAUGAAGGAAAAUCUCUUGCCAAUAACUCACAGUUCCCUUUUACCUGGUUAUGAAAGAAUUCCAAAUUUUUUAAUUGGUGACCCUGCAUAUCCCUUGUUACCACAUUGCAUGAAAGAAUAUGAAUCGUGCAAGACAAACAGUCAAGUUAUUUUCAAUGUAAUGCUGAGAUGUGCACGUAAUCCUAUAGAGAGUGCUUUUGGAAGACUGAAAGGACGAUGGGGAAUUUUAACAAAAAAAAUAGACCUUGAUUUGAAUAUUGUACCACUGAUUGUUAUGACAUGUUUCACUUUACAUAAUUUCUGUGAAAUAAAUACAACAGUUAUAGAUGAAGAGCUAGUCACAGCUAACAUUGAAAAACAUAAGAAUGAUGAAAGCUUAAACAAAAACAUUCCAGACCCAAUAUACUCAGGCAAUACUUCUGAAGGACACGAGAUAAGAUCAUUAUUGACUGAAUAUAUCAAUCAAAACCUGCCGGACUCAUACUAA